UGAUAUGUACCGUAAAAAAAAAAAAAAAAAUGAAAGAAAAAUUCUCCUGAGCCAGAGGUUGUUCUCCUUCGUCAACCUCAACCCGAAGCGUACUGGGCAUUCAUAAUCACUGAGACAAACACCGCCCUUUACACCAUCUGCUUCUCCUCACCUUUCAGCUAUCCACCAUUUCCCGAUUACCAGUCGGAGCUCUUUUCCCAAGUGAUGUACUUGUACUUUUAGGGGCAAUAAAAUUUGAAAGGGUUCAUCAUUUUCUACGUACAGCUUUCAGAUUCUGCUUUAAACAUGUGGUGAGAACAUGGAUGGAUGUCGAAGUAGUGGUUGCGCUUCCAUACAAUAUUCUAUCACCAAUAGCUAGAUUUCUCAAACACGGCUGUGGUGUUGCAGUUUUGUAUUGUUUAGUAUACACCGAGAUGGAAGUUUUCUUCUUCCGGAUUCUGGAUUAGCAUCCACAGCAGGGUGAAUAUAUCCAAUGGAAGGAUCACGAAGUCCUUUAAUUCAUUCUGAUCAUCCAGAAUCCACCUCCUCUAAUAAUACUGGAAACUUUCAGUUUUAUGCAAAUGGAAUUCGUGAGUGUCCUGGUGGUAUCCAGGGACUGGAGAAGAGAGGUCAUGGAAUUCGUGGUUGGCCUGGUGGUAUCGAGGGACUGAAGAAGAGAGGUCAGGGAAGUCGAUCUUGGAUAAAGAUUGAUACAACUGGGGACUCAAAGAUUUUGGAGCUUGACAAGGCUACUAUUAUGAGACAUUGUUCUUUGCCUGCCAGAGAUCUCCGACUUUUGGACCCUUUGUUCAUUUACCCUUCUACAAUUUUAGGAAGGGAGAAAGCUAUUGUUGUUAGUCUAGAACAGAUAAGGUGUAUAAUCACAGCUGAAGAGGUUAUCCUUAUGAAUUCCCUGGAUCGAUGUGUUGUUCAGUACAAAUCUGAAUUAUGCAAACGCCUUCAGGCAAACAAAGAUCAAUCUGAUGACUUGCCCUUUGAAUUUAGAGCACUGGAGCUGGCUUUGGAACUAACUUGCUUAUCUCUAGAUGCUCAGGUAAAAGAACUGGAACUGGAGAUAUACCCUGUGCUGGAUGAACUAGCAACAUCCAUUAACACUCUGAAUCUAGAGCGUGUGCGUAGACUCAAAGGUCACCUCCUUGCCUUGACACAACGAGUGCAGAAGGUCCGUGAUGAAAUAGAACAUCUCAUGGAUGAUGACGGCGACAUGGCUGAGAUGUACCUGACUGAGAAGAAACAAAGGUCGGAGUGUUUUCCCUCAAGCGACCUUAGCUGUCAAACUAACUCCUCGGGUGAUGAUAAAGUGGUUUCGAAAUCUGCUCCUGUUUCACCAGUAGAGUCACUUGGUGGAUCACAGAAUUUGCAAAGGACUUUUAGCAGUAUUGUGAAUUCAAGCAGAACUGGAAGCUUCAUUAGUUCAUCUAAUAGUGAAGAAGACGUUGAUCAACUGGAAAUGCUGCUUGAAGCAUACUUUAUUAUCAUUGACCAUACUCUCAGCAAAUUGUUAUCGCUAAAAGAAUACAUUGAUGAUACAGAAGAUUUUAUUAACAUCAAACUGGGCAAUGUUCAGAACCAUCUGAUAAAAUUUGAGUUGCUUCUUACAGCAGCUACCUUUGUGGCUACAAUGUUUGCUUCUGUUACAGCAGUAUUUGGAAUGAAUUUUGCAGACUCUGUUUUUGAUAAUCCAUCCACAUUUAGUUGGGUUCUGAUUAUUUGUGGUUUCGUCUGUGGGUUCUUGUACUUCACUUUCCUGAUUUAUUGUAGGCACAAAAGGAUCUUUCCAUUGUAACAGAACAAACUACUUCAAUGAAAUGAAGAUUCAUACACUGAAAUUGGUUUUUGCAUCUGAUAAAGAGCAAACCAGUACUCUCAUAGAAUUUAAUGGUUAAAAUGAUUUCUUCUUUUCUUUA